AUGGAUUCCCUGGGGGCCGGGAACCACACUGCAGUGACUGGGUUCAUUCUACUGGGCUUAACGGAUGACCCUGUUCUGAGAAUCAUCCUCUUCAUCCUCAUCCUGUGCAUCUACCUGGUGACCGUCACCGGCAACCUCAGCACAAUCGCUCUGAUCAGAAUCUCCUCUCAGCUCCACCAUCCAAUGUACAUUUUUCUGAGCCACUUGGCCUUUGCUGACAUAGGUUUCUCAUCGUCUGUCACGCCCAACAUGCUUGUGAACUUCCUGGUGGAGACAAACACCAUCUCCUACGUUGGAUGUGUUGUCCAGCUUAGUUCAGGUGCUUUCUUCGGAGGAAUUGAGUGUUUCCUCCUGGCUGUCAUGGCGUAUGACCGCUUUGUGGCAAUCUGCAACCCGCUGCUUUACUCCACCAAGGUGACCACACCAGUCUGUGUUCAGUUGCUUGUCGGGAGUUACAUAGCAGGUUUCAUCAAUGCUAUUUCCCAUACAAUUUCUUUCUCUUAUUUAAACUUCUGUGGACCAAAUCAAGUGAAUCAUUUCUUCUGUGACUUUGCCCCUUUAGUUAGGCUCUCCUGCUCUGAUGUCGGUCUCCCCAUUGUUCUCUCCUCAAUUACUGUUGGCUCCCUCGUUGCAGUCACAGUGUGUGUCAUAGCUGUCUCCUACAUCUACAUCCUCAUCACCAUCCUGAGGAUGCGCUCCACUGAGGGACGCCAGAAGGCCUUCUCCACCUGCUCUUCCCACCUCACCGCAGUCACUCUGUUCUAUGGGACCAUCACCUUCAUUUACGUGAUGCCCAAGUCCAACUAUACAACUGACCAGAACAAAGUGGUGUCUGUGUUCUACAUGGUGGUCAUCCCCAUGUUGAACCCCCUCAUCUACAGUCUCAGGAACAAUGAGAUCAAGGGGGCUCUGAGGAGACAGCUUGCUAGGAGGAUAUGUUCCUAG